AUGCGACUACUCAACGCUCAUACUAUUCGGCUUGAGAGCUUCAACGGUGCUGAAUCCGAUAUCCCUCACUAUGUCAUCCUGUCGCACACAUGGGGGGACGAUGAAAUUAUAUUUCAAGAUAUAACGCAGCAGCCACUCGAGAGCCUCCAAUGCCGUGAAGCUUUCUACAAGGUUCAAGAAUGUUGUGCACAGGCUCGAAGGAAUGGUUAUGGCUAUGUCUGGAUCGACACAUGUUGCAUCGACAAGACCAGCAGCGCAGAAUUAUCUGAGGCCAUCAACUCCAUGUUCAAAUGGUAUCAGCAGGCUUCUCUAUGGUACGUCUUCUUGAGUGAUUUCAGUACCAUCCUCUCGUAUGACUCUGCCAGAACAUCUGCCGGGAGAGUCGUUCGUCUCCGAUCAGCGGAUACUUCAUUCUUCUCUAGCCGCUGGUUCACAAGAGGAUGGACAUUACAGGAGUUGAUUGCUCCGCGCCGUGUCACUUUUUUCGAUAAAGAUUGGAUCAACUUUGGCUCCAGGGAUGACGAGCUUCUCGGCCGUCUUUGCCAUAAAACAGGUAUCUGGCCUCAGCUAUUUGACGAGCCUCGAUGCUACUGUCUCGAACCUUAUCAUGCGGUCCGCGAUGGUGUCUGUGUACGUUGCACAGCACUUGAUACACUUCCCCAAACUCUUGACUCAUUUGCAGUGUCUCUCAAGAUGAGUUGGGCUUCAUCGCGUAUCACAACGCGCAAGGAAGACUCCGCUUAUUGCCUUCUUGGCCUGUUCAACUUAAACAUGCCCAUGCUUUAUGGGGAAGGAAAUAAGGCCUUCUUGCGACUCCAAGAAGCCAUAGUCCGGCAGUCGAAGGAUCAGUCCAUUCUCCUGUGGCGCGGCGGCUUCGACCACGCGCCGUUCGGUCAUGUUUUCGGAUGCCUAGCACCUUCACCUUCCGUCUUCAGCGAACCUAUUCAUAUUCUUGGUCGUCGAGUCUUCAAGAGGACGAGCAGGGCCUUUGAAGUCGGCUUUAUGGGCUCUAUUACUCCGAUAGAGUUGACUGAUACUGCUAUACAAAUGGAUUUGUGGAUCUGCCCUUGUACCGUGAGCAUUUACGAUCCAGAAACAAACGAAUGGUUCGACCGGAAGCUCUCUUUAGGUAUACUAGAUCUUGCUUACGAUGAUGACUACCUCGUUCGACCGGCACUGCUGCUUGAACACCUAGGUACUAUCAAAUUGUAUCGACGCGUAUAUCAUAGAUUUGUUGUUCCUGUUGACCCCAGGCAGGUUUACAGUAGUCUUGAGAUAUCAGUCGACCAGGCCUGGUCGAGCGCAUCCGCGGACGGGGAUGUUCUGAGAUGUCCUCCUGUACUGAAGGCCAGGCGGUAUCUCAACCAGGCUACCCAGAAGAAUGUCAGUGUUCUGCGCCAUCAAAGCCCCAGCAACGUUGUGAGCAUGAAUCCUUCGUAUGACCUGGGCUCAAAGACUGGGCCAGUGUACCUUGUUUCUAAGAUGAUGAGGCUGCGAUAUACUUCGGAUAGGAAGCGCAAUUUCAGCUACGCUAUGAACAAUUUUGGUGGUCACCCUCCCUUGAGUAGGUACGAUACCCGUGCAACCCAGAUCCCUUCUCCAUGGGUCUUUGUGAAGUGUCAGCAUGCAGGAGUUGAUCGACACUUUGGUGGCAUUCACUUUGUCAGCUUCUUGAUAGAUAGUCUCUCCAAUAGCGAUCAAUCUCAGGAUAAGGAUGCCACUGUCGGACAUGUGGUAAUAAUAUGGGGCAUGCAUCGCCAGGUAAAUGCAGACGGCAGAGGCUACACACCUUGGAGCCCGUGGUGCCGGGCCUUCAACAUGCUCGCCUUUACUGAGUAUGCUCGCACUUCAACAGACGACAUGAGGUCACUUGAGAUGUACCAUGGGAGUGCCACUCUCCACCCAUCCGAAAUACAAGUUCAACUGGACGGUCAGCGGCGCCGGCUGUGUUCAUCGAACUGGCAGCACCUGUGUAUCUCACAGGACUCUGAACACAAGGCCCUAUUCCCGAGCUCCUGUGAAGAUGGUUGGGAAGAAGACCAAAUUCAUAACAUUGCGAAUGAUCCAGUGAUGAAUACUCACCUGGCGAUCAGGAUAGUGGUGACUGAAGGGUUAGGUCGAACGCUGUACGAGGUUCAGUUUGAUAUCGAUCAAACGCCAAAAGGACCACAGUCGCAUGAUGCAUAG